AGUAUAAAAUACCACCCUAAAAAUUUUAAAAAAGCAUCAAUAAUUUUUUCUUUUUCAUUCAUUACUUUUUGUUUUAAUUUUCUUGAAUACUGUGUGUAGAUUGGCGAAUAAUCCUAAGGUUAUAAACCAAAGAGUGGUAGAUAGAGAUAUAGAGAGAAUCCAACCAAAUUAAAUAUCAGAAAUCAUAUCACCACAACCAUCAAACACGUAUAUAUAUAUAUACAUUUUUCUCUCUCUAUUUCCACUAUUCCAUUCCUUUCUCUUUCUUUCUUUCUAGGGUUUCAACCAGUAGUGAAUUGUGUUUAUAAGAGUGUACCCAAUUGUGUUGUGUUUUCACAAAUUUGGGGACAGUUUGGUACUGACCCCAGAAAAACAAAACAAGCAAAAUACUUUAAGAUUUAUCAGAUCGGAUUUGAGUUUUUUUUUAUUAUUAUAAUUAUAUAUAUAAAAAAAAAAAAGGAAAAAAGAAAACAAGUUAUAUAUUAUUGUUUUUUAAGAUAAAAUAAAAGUAAUUAAAAUUAAGGAAAAUAAAAAGGGGAGGUUUUUUUGCUAGGGUACUGAUUCAGUGUGGAAUAAUAUAUAUAAAUUUAGUGUUAUAUAUAAUAUAUAAUAUAUCAUGGGGAGAGGAAGAGUGGAGCUGAAGAGGAUAGAGAACAAGAUAAACAGACAAGUGACAUUUGCAAAGAGAAGAAAUGGGCUUUUGAAGAAAGCUUAUGAGCUCUCUGUUCUCUGUGAUGCUGAGGUUGCUCUUAUCAUCUUCUCCAACCGUGGCAAGCUCUAUGAGUUCUGUAGCAGCCCUAGCAUGGUCAAAACACUUGAACGGUACCAAAAGUGCAGCUAUGGCGCUGUGGAAGUCAGCUGCAAACCUGCAAAGGAGCUUGAGAGCAGCUAUAGGGAGUACCUGAAACUGAAAACUAGAUUUGAGUCCCUAGAACGAACUCAAAGAAACCUUCUUGGGGAAGACUUGGGCCCGCUAAACACGAAAGAGCUUGAGCAGAUUGAGCGUCAACUUGAGUCUUCACUCAAGCAAGUUAGGUCCACUAAGACCCAAUAUAUGCUUGACCAGCUUUCUGAUCUACAGAGCAGGGAACACAACUUAAUAGAAGCUAACAGAGCUUUGACAAUAAAGUUGGAUGAGAUCAGUUCAAGGAAUAACUUUCGACAGUCAUGGGAUGUUACUGAGCAAGAUCAUCAUCACCAUCAUCAGCAGCAGCAAGCUAUAUCUUACGGUCAUCAGCAUGGUCAACCUCAAGGCUUGAUUUUCCAACCCUUAGAUUGCAAUCCCACUUUGCAGAUAGGGUAUAACGCAGCAGUAACAGAGCAGAUGAGCAACAAUAAUCAUGGUCAACAAGUCAACGGAUUCAUCCCUGGGUGGAUGCUUUGACUCUUCAUUACAUUACAAAGAUGAUCUGAUCAUGACAUUGCAUGAUGAAGCAUAACAACCUAUGUGCUUUGUUUUGUGUGUGCUAUAUAUAUAUAUUUAUGUAAAAGUAGUUUCUUGAGCCUAAUUAAUGUAACUCUUCUAUAUAUAUAAAUAAAUAUAUAUAUAGAUAUAUAAAACAUAAAAUCAGCUGAGACUGAUGAAUUUCGAAUGACCAUCAAAGAACAUUAUGCAAUGCAAGUUUACAUA